AUGUUGUUCCCCAUGUUUAUACUCACACUGGUCGUGCUGUCCUUGCAAGAAUUGCAAGUAGACUUCGAACGAUUCGAACAGCUUUCGGGGUUCGAUUACUAUAACAGUACGGUACGAGUGCGUAAGUACAACCGCACAGCAGUAACACUCAACGGUACAUUGGAACUACUAAAACCACUCAGCAAAAGUGUCAUUGUAUCGACCGAUCUCUUUCAUAGCAGCCUUGGAAAUCAACAGUUUAACCACUAUCCGAUGAAGUUUCCCACCAGAGAAGUGUGCGAUUUUAUGAACACCAUUUACACCGAUUAUCGAGAAUAUUUGGAGGAUGUGAUUAACCUACCAGAUGAAAACGAAUGUCCAAUCGCACCACGCGUUAUUGUCUUAAAUAAUAAGAUUUUUCCGAGCAAAGCAGUACCUUCCUUUUUUCCGGCCGGUCUCUGGAAGGUAUACGCUAUUUCUUCACUAAACGAUGUCGAGAUAAUGCGCUUCGAAGUGAUCAUAAAGGUGAAAAAUGAUCUUAUUUGA